UUUUUUUAUUGAGCUGUAAUAUUCGUUUCGCUGUUUAUUCGAGUUGUCAAUAAGCGCUUGUUGUCACCAUAAUGAGUCACUUUACUGAUUCGAUUCUUUCGAACUAAAUGAAACAAGCGUGGAUUCAUUUAAUUGACUCACCUGGAAGAAGGCUUCAAGAAAACGCACCCAGAACAACAGAUUUAUCAAAAUUGCACUGACAUUAUCAUGGAGCCAAUGGUUAUUGAAGUACAUGGAGUUCCACACAUUCCUCCAGAUGACCGGAUGGUUGAUCAGUUAAAGAUACACUUCCUAAAGCGGAGGAAUAGUGGUGGAGACGUGUUAACAGUGAUUUAUCCUACUUCUACUCCAGGCCAGGCUUAUGUCGUUUUUGAAUCAGUUAAAGUUCCCGGAGUCUUGGAGCAUACUCAUUUUUUAGACGUACACAACAAAUUUUAUCCAGUACGUGUAAAGAAAGCUCAUUUGCCUAAGGUGGACAUGCAAGCUGAGGCCACACUGGAUUUGAGUAUGUUCCCAAAGCGAGAACCUGUCUUGGAUCUCAUUAAAUCUUAUGACUUUACUGUAACAGAACAUAAUCCAGGUCAUCUCCAGUUGAAGGGCUCCUUCUUGAAACUAAAGCUCAUACGCAAUCAACUCAUACAGCUUCAGGCGUAUGAACAUCAUUAUAGUAGAUCACCAUCAGCUCUUCAUAAUGGCUCUUCUUUGGGGUAUGACCUGGAGCGGUCUAAUUUGGAUCACAGAUUUGUAUCCAAGUCCAUAUCGAGGAAUAUGGACAAAAUGGACAGUACACCAUCAUCAUCCUUGUAUAGAGUUUCGAAGUCUGGUGGAUCACCCAGGAGUCAUCAAAGCAGUCUUUCAUACUACCCUGAAGGACAUGCAAGCAGUCCAGUGGAUGCUGUGGAUGAUCAAAAAUAUGAAAAGCAGGACAGGAAUGUACUCUCUGCUCAUAGACGGAGUCUCCAUGCUGAUGGUGCAUCAUCAAUAUCAGUGAAUGAUCCAUCAAGUGUCAACCUGUUACAAGACGUAUCUCCAUUAAAUAGGGAUUUAGCCUCAGGUAGAGCCUCCCAGAGCAUUUACUCCUCCUCCUAUGGAAGUACUAGUCAUACAGCAGACACAACGCAACACCGCACAUCUUAUAAAGAUUUAGCCUCAGGUAGAGCCCCCCAGAGCAUUUACUCCUCCUCCUAUGGAAGUACUAGUCAUACAGCAGACACAACGCAACACCGCACAUCUUAUAAAGAUUUAGCCUCAGGUGGAACCCCCCGGAGCAAUUACUACUCCUCUAAUGGUAGUACUGGCCAUACAGAAGACACCAUGCAACUCCACACAUCUUAUAAAGAUUUACCCUCAGACAGAGCCCCCCGGAGCAUUUACCACUCUUCUAAUGGAAGUACUAGCAAUACAACUGACACCCCGCAACACCACACAUCUUAUAAAGAUUCAGCCUCAGGUGGAUCUCUUAGGAGGCGUCCAAGUUACAGUGGUGAUACGUGGCCCAGCUCCUCUCAUGGUAGCCCCUCAUCCUCCACUGGGGAAAUGGCAAGCUUUCCGGUGGACACAGAUAUCAUAAACUAUAUACUAAUCAAACGGCAGAGUGAUGUUAAGGCGAUUGCAAGGGACUACGGUACUGAGAUGACCUUAAAAGACGAUGAUGGCUUAACGACAGUUAAGUUUAGGGGAAAGAACAGUGAGAAAGCUAAAGAAGAUCUUCUCAGCAUCAUUGAGAAGAUCAGCCCUUCACUGCGCACUCAAGAAAUCCAUCUGAUAACAUAUGACCAUGCUGAACAAAAGAUCCUUGAGAGAAUCCAACAUAAUCAAGACUCAAGUGUUAUGAUCAAACACAGUGGUGAUGUUAUAAAGCUGGUGGGAUCCUCAACUGAAAGCUUUGAGAUGAAGCAAAAGUUAUUGGGACAUCCUAGAGGAAGGACCAAAGAGAGGGGCUCAAAAUACAGAAGAAGCAUCUCUCUACCCAAACAGUAUAAACCUACUCACCAUGCACGUAUACCAGAUACUGAGAACACAGCAAGUGCUGCAACCAAAUACAAUCCUUCACAUUAUCAAGAGAGACCGGAUGAAGGAAAAGCUCUGCAGAUUGUCCGAGGCCAUGAACUGACUCCAGACAAAAACUCGCAACGGACACGCAGCAAUUCAGAGUCUCGAGACAAAAACGGGACAACCAGGAAGAGUCAGGCAGUACAUCAAGAUCUGGAGGUAACAUCAUCAAGUCAAGGAACAAAGACCCCAAAAAACCUGGCCCUACAGGUCGCAAAGCGAUUUGAUUCAAAUAUUAAAAAUAUUGAUUUUAUAUGGUCUAUACGUAAAAAAAAAAUCAUUGUACACAACAAAAAAACAUGACUAAAUUGCUGUUUGACGAUUACAUUUGCCGUUAUACAGAAAGUCAACAUGAUUUAUUUCUGUAACCUUUAGUAUACAGUGUUCAUGUGCAUGUUAACAUGUUGGGUGAUUACUACAUUACACCGAUCUAUAUAUAUUUUAUAAACACUAAUCAUCACAUAUUUUUAAAUUUAUUCUUUCUGGAAAAAAGUAAUGUGAAAUGAUCAGCUUUUAUUUUGUUGUGUGUUUUGUUUGCCUUAUUUGAUGUACAUGUUGGUCUGUAUAUUUACCUCUUAAAGAUAAUAUAUAUUUCUUCUGACA